AUGAAAGGAGAAUUGUUGAAACGAAGGCCUUUCGAUCCAAACUUUUAUAAUAGAGAUUUAUAUAUUUGGCAAUGGUCCCAGUUUGUUUAUCAAUCACAAUUGCUAUUAGCUGAACGGAAACAAAAACGGAAAGCUGAAACGCAUAAGACGAUACCAUGUCAAGCCUGGCAAGAUACUGGUCGCUGCAAUUACGGGAAACGUUGUAAAUUUGCACAUGGUCCAGAAGAGUUACGACCAAUGCCAAAGGCAGAAGUGAAAGUUUUCAACAAUCCUCGUUAUCGCACUGCAUUGUGUAUCAAAUACACUACAUUUGGUUACUGUCCUUACGGUGAUCAAUGUCACUUCAUCCAUGAUCCUGUACAAAUAGAUUUAGAAAAAUGCUUGGAUUGGUUGUCGGGAUCUUCACUGUCCUCAUCACAACUUACUUCAGAACAAACAAAUGAUUGUUUGGAUAAAACUUCUUCUCGAACCGAAUCAGAAACUACGCACUUGGAAAAGCGGAGAAAAAGAAGCCGAUCGAAGUCGAAUUUGGAAUCAGAAUGCUUGAAGACAAGAUCAAAAAUAUGUCGAGAAACAGAAUUCGUACCACUUAUAGAAUCAAUACCAGUAAACAAUGCAGUUGAGGCAACGACAGCGUAUGAUCCAUUCCGGAGUGGCAAAAUUUGCGAUGAAGAAAUUGAGCUUAAACCUUUGCAAUUCAAUGCAUUCGAUGACUUUCUUUAUGUAAUUAAUCCCCAAAGUGUGCUUCCAAAGAAGCAGUAA